GACACUUUUGCGAUUUUGAGGGAGAAUGGCCAGUCGGGGACAUGCUCGUACACGAGACCCGGCUCGUGGUCAGGCGCCAGCUUCACAUCAAGCGCCCCUUUGAUUGGUCCGGCUGGAAACGUUUCUUUUGGCAGGGUCAGCGUCUGCCACAGGUAGCAGUUUCUGUCCAUUACCAUGGCAACCAAGCACAACAGUAAAAGCCGACUUCCCGUGUCCCGUUGUGUGCAUUGCUUCUCUACAGUGUGCUUCACCAGGAUGUGGAAUGGUCCGUCUCGAGAGCCUCCAGCAGAAGCACCACAAGCAAAGUCUGGAAAGAAACGCACUCUUAUCGACCUGUUAUCCAACUUGUUUUGCAUCUCCCCCGAACCGAGUCUUCUGUGCCAGUACCAAGUGGACUUCCAAACACCAAUGGAGUCUUGUCACCUUAGAUCAACCCUUCUAUUUCAACAUGAGCAAGACCUGGGCUCAGCUCACUGUUUUGAUGGAGUGAUUCUUUUUCUGCCUCGCAGACUUCCUGAGCAGGUGACUGUGUUAACCAGUACGACAGGAAAUGGGGAGGAAGUUCAGAUAACUGUCACCUUCACAAAAGAACUGCCACCAAAAUCACCAGAGUGUCUGCAGUUGUACAACAUCUUAUUCAGAAGGAUUUUAAAAAUCCUCGGCAUGGAACAGAUUGGACACAACUACUACAAUACCAAAGAUGAACAAGACCUCAAAAUCUGCAAGAUAUGGCCAGGCUAUACCACAGCUAUUUUGCAGUGCGAGUCUAUCAUGCUGUGUAUCGACGUGUGCCACAUGGUGGUGCGUGUUGAGACAGUUCUUAACUUUAUAGUCAACCUGAGGCAGAAGUGUGGACAUCAUUCUUUCACUGAGAUCUGUGCCAGGGAGCUUGUUGGACUCAUUGUGGUCACUAAGUACAACAAAAUCUACAGGAUUGAUGACAUCGCUUGGGAUCAGACCCCAAACAACACUUUCACCUUGGGGGACACAGACAUCUCCUUCAAGAACUACUACAAAAAUAAAUAUGACCUUAAAAUCAAAGAUGACAACCAAGUGCUCCUGAUCGGCAAUGAGAUGAGCGUUCGUCCCAGUCAAGCUCCUGGUGAACCAGUUAUGCUCAUCCCAGAGCUGUGCUGCCUUACAGGCCUGACUGACCAGAUGCGUUCAGAUGACACCAUUAUGACGCAUAUCAACCUGCCCCCAGAAGAGAGGGCACAACACCUCUACAGUUUUUCAAAUAGGAUACAAGAAUCAAAGAAAUGCCUCAGCACAGCGCCUCCGCUUCACCAUCUCACUUCAGUGUGGUAUGGCAGGCCGUGGGUAAUGUUGCUGACGAUGGUUCGGUCCUCUAGAUCGGAUGAAAUUUACAGUGCGAACAACCACCUCCAUGACGUGGUCCAUUUUCAAGGACUUGCAACACAAUGCCUCCUGGUGCAAAAUACAGUGAAAUGUCCAGAAACAAUCUCCUCCAUUAAGGGCUUGUACUUUCUCUCUGAACUUUGUCGCGACACCGGCUUUCUUUCCUACCAUGGAUGGUGCGCCGUUUGUAGCCAGGCUGAUAGCACGGGACCAGUCCACUCCAACUCUGUCCAGUGCAGCAACGACAGAGCUGAAAAUGUCUUCGGCUGUUGUGGUGUCCAUCAUUGGCACCAACUCAAGAAAUUCUUUAGUAACAGUCAAUGUCUCAUCAACUCCACCAAUAAAUGAGGCCAGUUGUGCUACGUCUGUGAUGUCACUGCUCUCGUCAAUUGCAACAGAAAAUGCAAUAUAUGACUUGACACUCUGUUUCAAUUGGCUGUCUAAAUCUGCUUAUAGGUCCGAAAUCCUCUGCUGUAGUAUUCCUCGUCAGGCUAAUAUUGGCAAAAGCUUGUCGCUUCUCGGGACAUACAAGUUCAGCCGCCUUCAUCAUGCAUCGUUUAACAAAGUCAUCAUCAGAAUAUGGCUUUGAUGCUAAUGCUAUUUCGCUAGCAAUCACUGGAAGUGUCAAUCGAUGAAAAUAUUUAAUUGCAUUUUGUCCAUAGUUCAUUCGUAAUUAAUCGCAAUUAGUUGACAGUUUUUUAUGUAUAAAUGGUACUUUUUUGACACAUAAUUUAAAGUUUGUAAUACACCUACUGUAUCAACACGUGACUGGUUUGGUUUAUCCAAUUUUUUUUUGUUAAACUAAGCUCAACACGAAAUGGACCUCACUGUAUAAACAAACUAACACAAUGUACAAGUAGACCUCGGUAAGGUAAACUGUCCAUCACCCAUAUUCUUUUCAAGCAAAUCUCACAAAAUAUAAUUGUGAAAAGUAUUACAAAUAAAGGUUUGCAAAAACACCCACCAACUGUUAAUUAUGUGUUAAAAUAGUGGCGUUUGAGGGAAUUUUUGUUUGUUGUUACCGUCUUAACUUUGACAGCCCUAGUUGUAACGCUUGCUAAUGUAACAGAGCGUUUUACAAUGCCCACUGACGUGCAGGUACUCAGUGAAAUAAGGACGAGAGGCAGGUUUAUUCUUGCAACCAGCUCUUAAUCGUCAACAUUCUCAACACACUUCCGGCCUUCAAAAUAAGAGUGCUGCUCACCACAUCCUGUUUAAUUGUAUAAACAAAAUAAGGAUGUCAAAAAAUAUCUUGCAUUAAUAACGCACUUGGAAUUGCAUUGGUAAUUACAUCUUCCUUCACCAUAAAAAGGGCAUUACAGUUGGGAGAUUUUGUAGCAAUGUGUGCAGAGGAUGACAUCCCAUUAGAAAAGUUAGCCAGGCGACAUCAGUUACUGAAAUACUGUGCAAAAUUGGCCAAUGAUGUAUUGCAUCAAUAAAUGUAAGGAUUUUUGCAUUUAAGUAAACAUUUUAUUUACUGUCAAAGUACACACUAUGCUGGUAAAACGAGUGUAAAAGGUAAACAAUUAAAACAAAUUUAAACUGAAAAAACAAUGUGGGGAAACCCCCUCCACAGAAUUUGGAGAACAAAUAAAAUUGAUUACAUAAGGCCCCACUUCAUAUUUUUCAAGAUUCAAGAGAUUCAAGAGAGUUUUAUUGUCAUGUGCAUGGUAAAACAGCAGUUAUACCAUGCAAUGAAAAUCUUAUUCUGUUCAUUCUCCCAAGAAAAGAAAGAAAACACAAGAAAGAAUAAGAACAUAACAAACAUAAACAC